GCGGGGCGGUGCGGAGCGCUGGGGCCGGGCCUCCCGCUUUGAGGGGGCCGCCGGGUCCAGCCGAGGCGGGUGCUCAGGGGGGAUUGCGGGAGCCGGCCCAGGCGCCAGCCGGCAUGGGGGCCGGGGCGCUGGCCAUACGCCAAAGCAAAUCGGCUGUGAGAUUGAAGGAGGACAUGAAAAAGAUAGCUGCAUUUCCACUGAGCAAGCAGAAGGACACAACCUGUCCCAAGGUGUUUGGAGUGAGUCUUCUGGAGCUCCAGCAGCAGGGACUGAGCAAGAAUGGCAUCCCAAUAGUUGUGUGGAAUAUAGUCGAGUACCUCACUCAGCAUGGUAUGACGCAGGAAGGACUCUUCAGGGUAAAUGGCAGCAUGAAAAUGGUAGAACAGUUGCGUCUGCAAUAUGAGCGUGGAGAAGAGGUGGAACUUGUUAAAGAUGGUGAUGUGUACUCAGCAGCCAGUCUGUUGAAAUUAUUUUUGAGAGAGUUGCCAGAUGGGAUUAUCACCUCUGCCUUACAUCCCAGGUUCAUUCAGCUUUACCAGGAUGCUAGAAAUGACAUGCAGAAGGAACAUAACUUGAAAGAACUCCUUAAGGAACUGCCUGAUGCUCAUUACUGCCUGUUGAAGUAUCUGUGCCAAUUCCUGAUAAAGGUUGCUGAACAUCACAUAGAGAACAGGAUGAACCUUUGCAAUCUUGCCACUGUAUUUGGACCAAACUGCUUUCACGUGCCCUCUGGAUUUGAAGGCAUAAAAGAACAGGAGAUCUGCAACAAGAUAAUGACAAAAAUGCUGGAAAACUACAAUACCUUGUUUGAAUUGGAUGGUUUGAAGAAGGAUGAAGAAAAGCCUGUACGUGAAGAGUUAGCAAGAAUUAUUUUGGUAAAAAAUCAUAGAAAAUCUCAAGCUGGAAUGGACUCACAAGGAUCAUUGAGUCUGUGCUCCUCAGUGUGUUUAUAUACAGAUGCAACUGAAAGCAGUUUUGCACUGAAACUAAAUAUGACAAAGUCCACAAUGGAAGGAUCCGGCCAAACAUGCCUAGUGCCACAACCAGGCCUAUCAGAUGGAAUACCUCAGGUCAGCCUCCGCUUGGCAGAUGGUGGUUCAUGUUGGAAGGAGAUGGAUUUAACAGAUGAAAUUUCCUUCAUUAACAGUGAUGUGUUUUUCCCCAGCUCCCAGGAAGAUGAGAGGCCUAUGUCACCCUUCUACGUGAGUGCCCACGUAUCACAAGUCAGUAGUAACAUUCCUGCUACAGGAGAGUAUUUAGAGAAGACAAUCCGCUCAGCCGUGGAGCAGCAUCUCUUUGAUGUUCAUGGCUCAGGCGGCCAGAGUUCAGAGGACUCUGAAUCGGGAACAUCUUCAGCCUCUUCUAAUGUGUCUGCCAGGCAGAGGAGGCGACACCACAAAGAGCAGGAGGAAGCCCGGAGAAACAGAGACAUGGAAGUCAUCAACAAAGAAAACAUUCCCUCUGGAUUCAGCAGUCUUGAAGACUGUAUUCUAGCUGCUCAAGAAGUAGAAAAAUUACAAGACAACAGCUCCGGAUAUCUUAGUGAAAGGAAUAAACCAAAGCGGCAGAAAUCCAGCACCAAGCUCUCGGAGCUUAAUGACAACCAGGACAGUCCUGUGAGUAUGGAAAGCUUUAGCUCAUCCAGGCCUCUAGACAGAACAGAACCUGAUGACAUGGAAAUUUUAUCUGAAGAAAGCAAAGAAAGUGAAAACGAUGAGGUUUUUUUCAGGCACUCUCAGCUGACUUCAAGUAUGAAGAUUCAAGAGCAUCCAGGCAUUCCUGAAAACAAGUUGCAAAGAAAUCAAGAUGCUGAUGAACAGGAAAACAGCUUUGUGUCAGAAGUGCCUCAGCUGGAUUUGACAGCACUAUGUGAUGACAACAACUGGGAAGAGCCCAUCCCUGCUCUUUCCUCGUGGCAGCGAGACGGCUUAGACUCAGAUGAGGCUCGCCUUUCCCCACAGGCCGGUCGCUUAAUUCGCCAGCUUCUGGAUGAGGACAGCGAUCCUAUGCUGUCCCCUCGCUUCUAUGCCUAUGGGCAGAGCCAACAGUACCUGGAUGAUACAGAAGUGCCUCCUUCCCCUCCCAAUUCUCAUUCCUUCAUGAGGAGGCGAAGUUCGUCUUUGGGAUCUUAUGAAGAUGACAGAGAGGACCUUACGCCUGCACAACUCACUCGGAGGAUUCAGGGAUUGAAGAAGAAGAUCAGGAGGUUUGAGGAAAAAUUUGAAGAGGAGAGGAAAUACAGACCUUCCCACAGCGACAAAGCAGCCAACCCUGAAGUGCUCAAAUGGACAAAUGAUUUGGCCAAAUUCCGAAAGCAACUUAAAGAGUCAAAACUGAAGAUAUCAGAAGAGGACCUUGGCCCUGUUGUGCGUCAGCGGAGCAACACGCUCCCCAAGAGCUUCGGCUCUCAGCUUGAAAAGGACGAUGACAAGAAACAAGACCUGUCAGAUAAAUCUGCCAAGCCUGCCGUGGAAGCAACCCUUGAUUCUAUCCAGAAGAAGCUUCAAGAAAAACGAACAGAGACAAACCGACCUGAAGAUAUUAAGGACAUGACAAGAGAUCAGAUAGCAGCCGAAAAAGUGGCUCUACAAAAAGCUUUGCUGUAUUAUGAAAGCAUUCAUGGCAGACCGGUUACCAAAAAUGAACGACAGGUGAUGAAGCCAUUGUAUGACAGGUAUCGCUUGGUCAAGCAGAUCCUCUCUAGAGCCAACACCAUCCCUAUCAUUGGUUCCCCCUCCAGCAAGCGGAGAAGCCCUUUGCUGCAGCCAAUUAUCGAGGGCGAAACAGCUUCCUUCUUCAAGGAGAUAAAGGAGGAAGAGGAGGGGUCUGAGGAGGACAGCAAUGUGAAGCCAGAUUUAACAAUUACCAUGAAAACAGAUUUCAACGUGCGUAGCUUCUUCGAUCAACUAGAAGAUGAUGCUGACGGCUUUGUUUCACCGGUGGAUGAUAAGAUGCCAUCUAAGAACAAUCAGGAUAUGGGGCUUUCAAAUCUCCAUGAAGCAUCCAUCCCUGAACUGUUAGAGCAGCUCCAAGAAGUCAGGGAGGAGAAAAAGCGGAUCAGAAAAAAAUUGAGAGACUUUGAAGAUAAUUUUUUCCGACAGAAUGGAAGGAAUGUGCAGAAAGAAGACCGCACUCCAAUGGCUGAAGAAUACAACGAGUACAAGCAGAUUAAGGCCAAGCUGAGGCUGCUGGAGGUCCUGAUCAGUAAAAGAGAUAUUAGCUCCAAGAUCAUGUAAAGGAAAAGAUUAUUCUUGCCGGUAAACAAAGAGGACAGAGCACCAAAUGGACAAAUGCGUAAAGUGGAUGCAGUGGGAGCCUGGCUGGGAAGAGCUGAGGAGCAACCUGGGAACUGAUGGGCCAUUCCCAGAGGUGGGAGGGUGAAGAAAGGUGGCUUUCUCUACACUUGCUGUUGCCCACUCUUUCUCCAGGCCUAAUGCCCAGAAUGGAGUUUGCCAGUGUAGGAGACAUGAUGCUGCACUCAGUGACUGCACUGAAGGGAUCCUUCUGUUUUGAUUUGCUUACAGAUCCUGUAAUAUGUAGAGUAUCAAAGCCAGUCAUGCUAUUUUUUUUCUCCCCAGGAUAUCAUAGCAAGAGGCACAGUAGGAUGAAUAGUGAUUAAAUCAUCAAAUAGCUUCUACUUUCUUUUAACAGACAAGUGCCCUGACUGAUCUGAUGUGAAGGCACAGGCCAGAUAGUGCCAAGACUGUUCUCUUGUAGCUACAGUAAAGAUUUGCUCAGACUUUUGACCUGACUGCUUGGAGUCCAACAUUUUCUGUUGCUCUAGAGAAAUGGUGCAAGAAUCUCCCAGUCAUCACCCUGAGCUGGUAUGACUCACAGUUUUGUCCAGGCUUGAGUUGGGUUAUCUUGAUGGCCAAUUCAGCUGAAGUAGAAGAAAGUACCUACAUCUGCUCUGGAUAGCAAAGAAAAUGAGCUAUGCAGCAAGGCUCUUGCUGGCUUGUUCUGCUUGGAAGGUGAUACUGUAACUUUAUGACCAUGUUUGGGCAAUUGGGAAGAAAAGAGGUUUUAAAAGCUUUAAGUCAGAAUCCCUUAGGAUUUUGGUAGCUGAUCGGUUAUUUAAGAUGUCAAGUAUCUGGAAGACUCAUCCCAUUAGGACAUGUGCUUUAUCAUGUGGUACAAACAGAAGAGUCUAAGCUGGACAGUUCAUGUGGGUGUCAUACAUACUUGCUAGCAUAAAUUUUGUUCUUUUAUGUACACCAUCAGACUCUGGGCUGCAGCAGUGACACUGUUUCGGUGGCAGCAGGGGUUGAUCUUCUCUUCCUGGUGUGUAUAGGUGGGAUACCAGCACAGAGCAUACUGUGGGGAACCAACAGCCUAGAACCACACUCUGCUUGUGAAAAGGGCCCGUGUCUCAGGUGUAGGUUUUGACAAUUCAAUGUUUUCAAAUUCAUUUAUGAAUGAAAUAAAGAAUUAUAGAAUG